AUCGUGAUUAUUGUGAAAUUGUUCAGUGAAAAAUAAAUUUUGUACAAUGAAUACACGCGUGGGUCAACAAGAUCCCGAAUCAAAGCCAGUUGACUCCUUGCAAACUGACACGAGUGCUGGUCAUGAGUAUGAGGAAGUGCUUGAUUUAAUUGGAUUUGGACGUGUGCAGUGGUGUGUUCUGCUUGCAUCAGGCCUUUUACUAAUGAUGGUGAUUAAUGAGACAAUGGGAAUGUCAUACAUCACAAUCGUAUCCCAAUGUGAUUUUGAGACCAGUUCAAUGGACAAGGCAGUAAUGAGUGCAGCCAGUUUUAUCGGAAUAUUUUGUUCUUCAUAUUUCUGGGGCUAUCUUAGCGAUUCGAUUGGACGAAAAUCAGUGUUAUUGUAUACAACAUUAACUGGAAAUAUUGUGUCUUUAAUUUCAAUCUUUAUUCCGAAUUACUGGAUUUAUGUAGUUGCCCGUUACUUUGUUGGAUUUUUUAUAGCGGGUGCUUCUUCUACAACAUAUGCUUAUCUUGGGGAAUUUUUCGUAACGCGACUUCGCCCGACGAUAAUCAAUUAUGCCACCUUGUCUGUCGGUGUUUCAACAGUUUAUGUGCCUGCUGUUGCCUGGCUUGUAAUGUCGAUGCAUUGGAGUGUAGAAGUGACAGAAACUAUCUCAUUUCGACCUUGGCGCUUAUUGACCUUUUUUUAUUUACUUCCUGGAGUGUUGGGAAUCAUUAUGCUAUUUCGAUUGCCUGAAACUCCAAAACUAUUAAUAUCAAUGGGUAAAAUCGAUGAGGCAUAUGUCGUAUUAAACUGGAUUGCUUUGCAAAAUGCAGGCAAAACGCUUGAAGAUUUCAAAGUUAAGAAAAUAAAAUCUGAUAUUUGCAUUGGGAAAGAAAAUAUUAUGACUGUUUCCAACUCACCAACUGUUUCUUUUAAAAAUAUGUGGAAGGAAACGUUACCAUUGUUCAAAAAACCAUACUUAAGGAACUUUUGUAUUAGCUGCCUGGUUAUGGUCGGGUUUUUCUUUAGCUCGGCGGGAAUGGCGCUAUGGUAUCCAGAAAUACUAAAUCGUUUGAGAUCAGACAUUGCCGAGGACGACAUGACGGUAUGUGAUGUAAUCGAUGCAUCUAUUGAUCAGGCCCAACUCAACGUAACAACAAAUAUAUGCAACGAUGAAGUAAAUACAAGGAGCUACAUAGACACAAUUAUUUACGGCUUGGUUCUUAUUGUCGGCUAUAUUUUAAUCGGUUUUGUUAUGAAUCAAAUUGGGCGCAAAUUAGCAAUCACAAUUAGUUUGGCCAUCGCUUCAACUUGUGCUGCUUUAUUGGUGUGGAUACAAAAUGAGAUUAUCAUCAUAGUCUGUUUUUGCUUGUACCUCGUAUUGCCAGGCUUAUGUGUAUCGGUUUUGAGCGGUGCCGUGGUGGAUCUGGUCCCCACCCAUUUAAGAGGGAAGGCGCUUUGCAUAUGCCUAAUGCUGGGACGCACGGGUAGUGUUUUUGGCAGCAACCUAAUCGGAAUUCUUUUGGAAUCGCACUGCACUAUAACAUUUGGAGUGUUUUCUGGAUUGGUUUUUGGUUGUGCAGUGCUUUCUUUCCUUAUUCCAAUGUAAAUAAUCACACGGGAGUGGUCCUGGCUGUAACAAAUCAAGAAUGGAUUAUUUGUAGGAAAAAUAGAUUGUUUGCUUUUUUUCUAAACAUCUUAAGGCAAAGGCAUCGUCAUUAUUUAUAAAUGACAUGUUUUGCCAUUUUUUUCUUAAUACAAAUCAGAUCAACAAAAUGAAUAAAAAUCAACCACUAUUUUUGUUCAAUAAUGGACACCAUUAUGAGACAAGACCCUGCAUACGUAAUAAAGGGUGUAUUUCCUUAAAUGUUUUCAUAUAAACGUCUCUAUCUGUAGCUACAGGUAUGUAAAUAAAAAAAAUUUACAAAAAUAAAUUUAUAUAUUAUAAAUAAUUAUGUUUAAAAAACAAUUGUAAUCAUCUAACUAGUAAUAACUAAGCAAACAUUGAUAGAUAUAAGGCUAGUAUUUUAAACAAUAAAAUCAAUUGUAAAUUAGAACUC